UGCAAUUUGCUCGAUUUGCUCAUAGUUCAAUCACAUUGUGGCUAUUGCAAAGUUACCUGUUCGUCUAUCGUGUCACAAUCUUCAAAAAUGCCGAUCGUGGAGAUACAACAACUGUGCUUUCAUCCCUUGCGGGGCUCCGUCGGUUAAGGCGCUGUAACCGGAUGUUGGCUAUGUCUCCCCGUGAGCAUGUUCCAAUUGAGAUUUUUAUGCCAAUGCUUCUGUUUAAAUCAUCCAUCGUUGUCUCAUUACCUAUCAAGGACGUGUAAUUGACAACUGUCAGAUCACGAGAAUCGCUGAGCGACCUACUCGAUAUCAAACAAAAUGGCCUCAUAUCCUAAGAAGAAGUGCGGUGUUUUGGGCGCCACCGGCUCCGUGGGCCAGCGUUUUAUCCUCCUGCUUGCCGACCAUCCUUUCCUGGAGCUGCACGCCGUCGGUGCGUCUGAGCGCUCUGCGGGCAAACAAUACAAGGAUGCCGUGAGAUGGAAGCAGUCUACGGCUAUGUCGGAGAAGCUUAGCACACUCGUCCUUCGUGACUGCAAGGCUGAACAGUUCGCUGACUGCGAUCUCGUCUUCUCUGGACUCAACAGCGACAUUGCGGGUGAUGUUGAGAUGGAAUUCAUCAAGGCUGAUAUCCCCGUCUUCUCGAACGCGAAGAACUACCGCAAGCACCCUCUCGUCCCUCUCGUCGUCCCCACUGUCAACCCCCACCACCUGGACCUCAUCCCUCACCAGCGCAAACACUUCGGCCUGAAGAAGGGAUUUUUGGUUUGCAACUCCAACUGCGCUGUCAUUGGUGUUGUCAUCCCGUUCGCUGCUCUGCAGGCCAAGUUUGGACCCGUUGAGGAGGUGGAAGUCUUUACCGAGCAGGCUCUCUCUGGAGCUGGUUACCCCGGUGUCCCCAGCAUGGACAUCCUGGACAACGUCAUUCCCUUCAUCAGCGGUGAGGAAGACAAGCUUGAGAACGAAGCCCAGAAGAUCUUGGGCUCCUUGAAUGCCGAUGCUACUGCUUUCGAAGAACAGUCCGGUCUCCGUGUUGGCGCCACUUGCACUCGUGUUGGAGUCACUGACGGUCACAUGGCUUUUGUUUCCUUGCGCUUCAAAAACCGCCCGGCUCCCAGCGCAGAGCAGGUGGCCCAGGCCAUGAGGGAGUACCAGUCGGAGGCUCAGAAGCUGGGCGCUCCUUCUGCACCCGCGCAGGCUAUCCGGGUGUUCGACGAGCCCGACAGACCCCAGCCUAGACUGGACCGGGACAUCUCCAAGGGCUACACCGUUAGCGUCGGACGGGUGCGCGACGGCAAUGAGGGUGGCUAUUUCGAUCUCCGCUUCGCUGCUCUUUCGCACAACACCGUUAUCGGUGCAGCUGGAUCGUCCAUCCUCAACGCGGAGGUUGCUGUCAUCAAGGGCUACAUCUAAACAUGUGAAGAGAUCUAUGGCAUAUAGCGAUUAGACGGCGUCAGAUAUCCUUUUGUUUCUAGAUAUUUCAGCUACUAAAAGCCAAAAG